AUGGCUGAAACUGGUUUUCUAACAAGGAAACCAAGGUUUUUCCUUGUUUUCGUCUCCCACUUCAGCUCAACUUCGUUGAAGAUCCCAAGUUCCUACUACGAUGAACUUCCACAUGGUUUGUCGAACACCGUGACUCUCGAAGGAACCGGUGGUUGCUCUUGGAAGAUAGUGGUCAUGAAGAAACCAGAUGGAGUUUACUUUGGAAAAGGUUGGUCCAAAUUCGUCGAAGACAAUCAACUUAAGGACGGUGACAGCUUGAUGUUUCUCUACGAUGGAGAUCGAAUCUUCGAGGUUAGCAUCUAUGGUGAAGAUGGAUGCAAAGAGGUAAGAGCUGCUGUUGAAGUUAUAGAAAUUGAAGAAGAUAGUGUUUGUUCUCUCACCAUCACCGAUACAAACAAUUCUUCGGAACAAAGCGAGAACAAAGGAAAGUCAAAAGUGGAUGAUUCCGAUGAAGAAAGUGACCCGGAGAAUCCCAGCAGUGACUCUUCUUAUUCUCCCGACGACAUCGACAUCGACACUGACAUGGAAGACUUCAUAACCGCUCUUACCGAACAACAGAUGAAAAAUUCAGGGAAGAGAGAAUUUUCAGGAAAAUCCAAGUCUGUGAAAAAUGUGGACUCUGCUUCUUGUUCUAAGGCAAAAAAGGCUAAGAAAUUGGUGCCGAAAAUCAAAAAUCCAGAGAAAUAUCUAAAGAAUCCAAGUAAUCCAUAUUUCGAGACAAGUCUGAAGAACAGACACUACGAGUUGUUGAUUCAUGCACAAUUGGUGAAAGACUACAAUUUGAAAUUUGAGCAGACCAUCGAGUACAUUGACGGAUUCGAGAAACUCAAAGGGAAUUCAGUGCAAUGGGGUGAUCGCAUGUGCAUCAAAAACUGGAACCAAAUAUGCGAGCGGAACCACCUCAAGGAAGAAGACCGCAUUUUGUGUGAACUCUUCCGCAAGCAAAAUGUCGUCUAUGCGAUCCAACUCCAUAUCGUCCGCGGAAAGGAUUUGUAG